CCGUGGUUGACGAAUGGCAGGCGGCUGCCUCCGACCAGGAGGAGUCCGACUGGGACUCCGCUGCCAAGUCUGACCCUUAUCUCAUAGGGGAACAGACCCUGGGUGAGCCCCAGGACUCUGUGGCCACAACCAUGGACAACCCACAAGAGGGUUCAGAGAUAUUUUUGGACAACUCUGGCCUCCGAAUGUUCGAUCCUAGGAACAUUCGCCAUCCCCGUUCGGAAGAAUGGAUGCCACCCGAACACAUGACCAGAUUCAUGCACUUCUGGCUCCAGAAGUCUCUGGACAAAGAA